CGGUAGCAUAUAUUACUUUGAGCUCAGUUUAUUAUAGGGAUUAAAAACAAAUUUUCCUUUACCUUACACGGUGAAAGUUCGAAAUGACAGGCGCUGAACACGACCUCGGCAACGGCCAGCAUGUCACACCGGCUAUGGCCGCAGUUUUCCCUGAGGCCCAUACACCGCUCUCUGUUGCCGAUCCGGAGCUUUUUGCGUUGAUCGAGGACGAGAAAGUGCGGCAGUGGAAAGGUAUUGAGCUGAUUGCCUCCGAGAACUUCACUUCUCUGCCUGUUUUGGAGGCGCUCGGCUCUUGCCUGACCAACAAGUAUUCUGAGGGGCAGCCAGGCGCACGUUAUUACGGUGGAAAUGAGAAUAUCGAUAAGAUUGAAUUGCUUUGCAAGCGGCGCGCUCUGGAAGCCUUUGGACUGUCCCCAGACGAGUGGGGUGUCAAUGUGCAGCCUUACUCGGGCAGCCCAGCCAACUUUGCAGUAUACACAGCACUCCUCCAACCUCAUGACCGCAUUAUGGGCUUGGACUUGCCAAGUGGCGGGCACUUGACGCAUGGUUACUAUACUCAAGGAAAGAAGAUCAGUGCGACAUCUAUCUUCUUUGAAUCGCUCCCGUACAAGCUCAACCCUCAGACGGGCCUAGUCGAUAUGGACAAACUGGAGGAGAAAGCGACGGAAUAUCGCCCCAAAAUGAUCAUUUGUGGGGCAUCGGCUUAUCCUCGUGACUGGGAUUACCAGCGUUUCCGCGAGGUUGCGGACAAGGUCGGCGCACUGCUGAUGGUGGACAUGGCCCACAUAAGCGGCCUGGUUGCGGCGGGCACUCUAUCUUCACCGUUUGAGUAUGCAGACAUCGUCACCACCACGACGCACAAGUCGUUGCGCGGCCCUCGUGCCGGCAUGAUCUUUUUCCGCCGGGGCCCGAAGCCAGUGGCCAGGCUGCUGAAGGGCGACUCGGAGGGCGCCGUGUACGAUUUCGAGGAUCGCAUCAACUUUGCAGUCUUUCCUUCCCUCCAGGGAGGUCCGCACAACCACCAGAUCGGUGCGCUAGCCGUUGCACUAAAGUACGCGGCAACACCGGAAUUUAAGCAAUACUCCAAUCAGGUGGUUGCCAACUGCCGUGCGCUGGCGAACGCGCUGCUAAAGCGGGGCUAUAAGUUGGUGACGGACGGCACCGACAACCAUCUCAUCCUAUGGGACUUGCGGCCUGAAGGCUUGACGGGCUCCAAAAUGGAGAAAGCCUGUGACCUGUGUCACAUCACGCUGAACAAGAAUGCCGUUGUCGGUGACUUGUCCGCUAUGAACCCGGGUGGCGUCCGUAUUGGCACACCCGCCAUGACGUCGCGAGGACUGAUGGAGCCCGAUUUCGAGGAGGUGGCGGGCUUUCUGCAUGAAGUCCUGGAGGUUUGCAAGGAGGUCCAGAGCACUACGGGCAAGGCAAUUAAGGACUUUGUCAAGGGACUAGAGGGCAACACCCGCAUUCCUGACAUCCGCGCGCGAGUUGAGGCGUGGGCUAGCCGAUUUCAGAUGCCCGGGUUUACUGUGCCGCAGACGGCAGCUUCAAGCUGAUAAGCGAACGGCUGUGCUGCUGGGACACAUUACGAAGAAGAGGCGGGGGCCGCUGGCCCGGCAUCUGUGGCUGCUUGACCCCAGCUAAUAAAGGAACGUUGGGUGUUUUCAUUCUUAGCAGGAAGGGUUGUUUCUUACCUUGCUGGCCCUGGGUUAUUGUUGUUGUCACCACGAAAGUCGUCUCUUUCGUAAUCAUUCGUUCAAUUGUUUCCGGCGUUGCCCUUCGUAAAUGGGAUUGUUCGUAGAUUGUUAUCCUCUAUGAUCGGUACCCGGGUAUGGCGGAAGCUAGGCAAAGUCGGGUUGCCUCCGUUAUGGGUGCUGGCCCUGAAAUUCAAGGCGAGCUUUCUAAUGUGCCGCAUUUGAAAUUCGUACCUUGAAUAUUCCGUGGAGACGUGCGCCUCUCAAGGGACACAAUCAAUGUUGAGCUGUGUUGAGCCGGUGGGGUUUACACCAGGGUAAUGCUGAGUUUCCGUGUGCUGCCGUGGUUUGUCGUGCCAGGCAUCGUUACAUCAUUAUCCUAUGAUCAAGACAGACGAACCAGGAAAACUGUGAUGAAUGGAAGCUGAAUGCUUCUGUAGUGCAGGAAGACCAACCACAUCAAUAUAGCCCGAGCACUUUCGCAAAUUGCAACCUAUUUGUGCUGCAAAUUGUUGCCGCCUAAAAUGGAUGGUUUUUGCACUGGGCGUCUGCCCACUUGCCAACGACCCAGUGUGUUUCACCGACACACUGGACUAAGCGAGUUGUUAUGCAUGGCUGGGCAAACACUGUGCUCCUUCGGAUAAGGAAAACCAUUUUG